AUGGCUGAAGGUGAGCUUUCGUUUGUUUAUUUUCGAGUUUAGACCAUCUUAUCCAUCGAAAAAUUUGGAAUUAUUGAAAUUUUGAAAAUUUUAAAAAUUCAAAUUUCAAAAUUCAAAUAUCCUUUGCAGACUCGACGGAUGUAAAGGACGAAGAAAAUGGUCUGGCGUGCGAGUGGAAAUACGACGGAUCGGCGGGGUUUCCGAUUGCGCGCGACGAGAACGGUGAAGGUCGGACGGUGUUGAAGAGCGGCGCACAGCGGACGCAUCGGGUGCUGGGCCGGGACGAAUUCAAACAAAACAAGGCCGCUCGAUGGUUCGAACUCGAGGUGCACGGUAAGCAUGACCUUGAUUUCCCUUCAAAAUUUUGAUUUAUUCAAAAUUUAGAACGAAUUUUAAAACUUUAUUCAAAUUUCAAAGUUUUUUGUGGAUUUUAUUCGGAUUAGUGCUGAAAUAAGGUAAUUUCUUUCAGUUUAAAGGUUUUGUGUUGAUUACUGAUAUUUAUUUCACAUGUAAAAUACGAAAAUUUUAUUUUUUAUUUAAAAUUAUGCAAAUUUUUUGAUUUUAUUCAAAUUUCGGCUUAAUCAUUCCAAAAAAUUAUGGGAUUUUUGUCGUUUGCAUGUUCCAAUGCAUGUACCAAAUAUUUUUUAAAAUAUUUUUUAUAAUUUUCAUUAAUUUUAAUUCAAAUUUUUGGUAUUUUUCAAUAAAAAGAAUUAAAUUUUUCAUCAUCCCAAAUUAACCGUCCAAUUCGUUCAGGAUCAGUCCGAUGCCUGAGCAAAGACAUCUUCGACAUGCGCCAUCUGCAAGCCCUGUUCGCCAGCCACAAUCUCCUCCGCACGCUUCCGGCCGAGAUCAGCCAACUCCAUCAUUUGUCCAUAUUGGACGUCUCCAACAACCAACUCACCUCGAUCCCGCCCCAAAUCGGCGACAUGACUGGCUUGCUGCACUUGAAUCUGGCCGAUAAUCAGCUGACCAGCCUGCCGGCCGAACUCGGCAAGCUCUACAGAAUCAAGACGUUCAGUAAGUAAAAGUUUUUUUUAAAAUUAUUCGGUGUUUAGAUGUGGCCGGGAAUCCAUUGCCCCACGAAUAUCUGGGAUAUGGAAACAGUCCACAAGGAGCGAGGAAUCUGCAGCAAUAUCUGCUGGACCGAUUGGCGAGUAAGUGGGGGCUAGCGUAAUCGAAAUUGGAAAUCAGGGUUCUCAAUAUUUGAGGCGUUUUUUGGCAUCAACUGGAUUAAAUUUGGGGACUAAUUUAGAUUCAAAUUUUAUAAGACAUGUGACACUUGCAGAUGGAAUUUUCAAGGGUUAGACUAGCGUAGAUUUUUAUGCCGGAAAUCGAAAAAUUUUUUUUUGCAAUUUUUGGCCCGAAAUCAGAUAUACUCUGGCAAGUAUAGUAUAUCUAUAAAAAAUCAACUUUUUCGACCACAAUUUGGCAGGUUAUAGUCCUGAAAACCUUCUUUUUCUCUGACCGACUCUCCUCAUUUUACGUGCUCUCUGACAAAAAUCCCAAGAAAUCUCGGUUGCGCGGGGAAAUAUAGAACUAAAAUUUUGUAGAAAUGGAUUUGAGACCCGCUUAGAGUGGUAUGGAAAUCCUAAAAAAAUCAAAGGCCUAAGAUUUUUGUUGCAUUUUCCACGAUGGAUAAAGUAAUCAAAAUCUCUUUCCAGAAACCAUCUCGAAACCGCCUCCUCGCGACUGGUUCACCAUCAAAACGCUCGCCAACAACGGCAAGCCGGUCGCUCAAUUCAAAGUCCUCUGUUACAACGUUCUCUGUGAUACCUACGCCACCCCCAGCCUCUAUUCGUAUUGUCCAUUGUGGGCGUUGAAUUGGGAAUACCGGAAGAAUAUCAUCAUGAAGGAGAUCAUGAGCUACGAUGCGGACAUUAUCGGACUUCAUGAGGUGGAGGCGGAACAGUUUCGGGUGUUUUAUGAACCAGAGCUGAAGAAAAAGGGAUACGACGGGAUUUUCUCGCCAAAAUCGAGAGCGAAAACCAUGAGUACGGACAACAGGAAGCAUGUGGAUGGGUGCUCGUUGUUUUGGAAGAAUACCAAGUAAGCAGAGACUACUACUAUAACAAUUUUUAGGAUUAUAUUGCACUUGCAAUCAGUUGUAUCAUCAUUUUUUUGAUUGUCAAACUGAAUGCCGAUUUUUCAUUUCCGAGAAGGCCUGAAAUUUUAUUCCGGCCUGAAAAUAUUGGCAUUUUCUACAAAAUGCGGGCUAAACCUCGAACUGCAGCAAGAUCUGAGCAUGAGAAAUAGCCAGCUGACUAUUUUAGUCAGCAUAAAACCGACUUUUUCGACAAAAUCCAAAAAAAUCGUCAUAAUGAGUCAAUUAAUCCAGCCUAUAACUUCAGAUUCCGAAUGGCCAAACAGCAUCUAGCCGAAUUCGCCCAGAUCGCCAUCAACAAGGCGCAUCAAAGCGACGCCAUUAUCAACAGAGUAAUGCCCAAGGACAACAUCGCCCUCUUGGCCACAAUGGAGAUCCUCCCCGGCAUCUACGUGGAGCCGGGACAACAUCCCUUGAACACGAAAAACGAGAGCGUUCCGAUCGACAAAAUCGACAGCGAAGACAAGAUUGUGGGGACUCCUUUUGUUUUGUGUGCAGCGCACACGCAUUGGGACCCGGAAUACUGCGAUGUGAAGCUGAUUCAGUCGAUGAUGCUGAUCCAUGAAUGCGCGAAACAGAUCGAAAAUGCAGCUAACGACUUUAAUUUGCCUAUUGAUGUAAGUUUUUAACCUUACAGCGUUGAGAAAUUCAGUGUUUUGGGUCGAAAAAACCCCACAACUUUCAUAAAUUUGACACAGUGGGGGACCUGAUCCACUGGCAAAAAAACGUACCAUUUUGCAUCCAGGAAGUAUCAAAAAAUGUGGCAAAAUGCCUCCUUCUCCAAGUGAAAAAACUUCGAUUUCAAAAGCGCGCCCCCUCUUUUUAUGAAGAAAAAGGGCGCGCCCUUCAAAAAGAAGUUUAUUCACUUGGAGAGGGAAGCAUUUUGCCACAUUUUUGAUAUUUCCCGGAUACAAAAUGGUGUGUUUUUUGCCACUGGAUCAGGUCCCCUACUGUAUCUGGACUACAUGCCUUGUUAUCAAAAUUUCAAAAAAUCUCAGCGUCACAAUGACUCUUUUUCCUCCUUUUUUGAUCCAAACUAAUUUUAUUUUUUUCUCCAGGAAGUCCCUCUAAUCAUUUGUGGAGAUUUCAAUUCCCUCCCCGAUUCCGGAGUUGUUCAUUAUCUGGUGAAUGGGUCCGUUCCCAAGGACCAUCCCGACCUCAAGUCUUUCUGCAACAACAUGGUUCUCAAUGGGAUCAAUACCAACGAGUAUGAUGAUGAGAAUUACUCGCAUUCGCUGCAUUUGGAGAGUUCCAUUCCUCCGAAUGAGGGAAUCUACACCAAUGUGACGUAAGUUAAAUUUUAACUUCGAUUUUCUUGAAUUUGCAAGCUAAAAAUUUCUAAUAUGCCUUAGAAAAUCUUCCUCUUAAUUUAUCCCAAAUUUCGCCAAAACCCAAAUCGUAUUUUAGCCCCGACUUCAAAGGGAUGAUCGACUACAUCCUGACCACGCCGCACUCGCUGGACCGAGUCGGUUAUUUGGGUGGGAUCUGGCAGAAUUGGGUGCGAGACAACGGACUUCCCGGCUUCCCUCAUCCCCACGUUCCCUCCGAUCAUAUUCCCAUCAUGGCUUCGUAUAUUUUGAAGCCGAGGAAUCAACGAUCCCCGGCCCGCGAAUGCCGUCGUUUCCGGCGAAACAGCGAGUCAUUCAAGCAGGAUAUGGAUGCCAGAAAGAAGUAG